AAGACCUGUGAAGCGCAUGGUCAGAGUGUCUCUCCGGAACCAACUGGUGACUGAUUUAAUUAGCGGCGUGGCAAGUGAUUAGCGUUAAGCGUCGCAGUGGGGCAAAAUAAGUGAAAGGUUUGGUGGCGUGUGAUCGUUUUUCCAGCCGUGCAAAUCAAUCGUUACAAACAUGGCCAACAAACGGGGACGCUUCGCGCCCGACGCCCUGCUGUCGACGGCACUGCGGACGCUGUUGUUGCUGCAAGGAUUGGCGGCUGUUUUCUCGUUUGAGGUGUACUGGAACAUUCCGUCGUUUAUGUGCAAUCAGUACGGGCUCAACUUUAGCAACGUGAACCGCACCUACUCGGUUCAGCAGAACGCCAACGAUCGGUUCCGCGGCAAUGCCAUCACGAUCCUGUACGAUCCGGGUAAGUUUCCGGCGCUGCUGGAAAAACCGUCCUCAAAGACGCUGUACAAACGUAACGGUGGAGUGCCGCAGGAGGGCAACCUAACGGAGCAUCUGGAGGUUUUCAAGCGUCACCUGGACGAGCAGGUGCCGGACAAAAAUUUUAGCGGCCUUGGUGUCAUCGAUUUCGAGUCCUGGAGGCCCAUCUACCGGCAAAACUUUGCCUCGCUCAACCCGUACAAGGAGCUGUCGAUGAAGAUCGAAAAGGAGCGCAACCCAAGCUGGACCAACGUGCAACUCGAGCGAGAGGCAACACGGCGCUGGGAGGAAGCGGGCCGCAAGUACAUGGAGCAAACGCUGCUGCUGGCCAAAGAGCGCCGGCCCCUGGCGGCCUGGGGUUACUACGGUUUGCCCUACUGCUUCAACCUGAACGGUGGCCCCAACAACCAGGAAGACUGCGCGAAGGACGUGCAACGGGAAAACGACCGCAUCAUGUGGCUGUUCGAUGCGUCCGAUUUCAUCUAUCCUGCCGUAUAUCUGCGCGAGAAGCUAACACCCCAGGAACGGCAGAUGCUGAUCAGAGGCCGAGUGCGGGAGUCUGUCCGCGUUGGAAAGCGUACCGCAGAUAAUAGACCUCGUAAGGUCAUUACGUACCUGCGCUACGUGUACAUCGACUCACUAAAGCUCCUGACCGAGAGUGACUGGAUUAACGCAAUAGAAGCGAUGAAGAGCGCCGGUUCGGAAGGUAUCAUCCUGUGGGGAAGCUCGUUCGAUUUAAAUUCUAAGCAAAAAUGCACCGACUUCAAGGCUUACAUGGACAACACUCUGGGGCCUAUUUUAAGCUCUCUGCAACCGAGCUACACUGUAAAGAAUCCCCCGAAAGCGUAACUGGUCGACGGAAUGUAAGGUAGAGCCUGCCAACCAAUCGGCAGCCUGCAGCUUGUGUACAGAAUCGACUUUAUCGAUAUUGGAUAGCAAAUAAAAUUCAACAACUAUU